AGCUCUAUGAAACUCUGCUUUGACUACAGUUGGAGAAUUAUGUGAAUUUCUGGUAGCCUCAUUAUAGGAAGAAUGUGGAAACUUUAGAGAGGAGAUUUGCCAGGAUGCUGCCUGGAUUAAAAAGCACGUCUUAUGAGGGAUACCUUUCAAGAUUGGUCAGCCCAAGAAACAGAUUGUGCCAAAGACCGUAGAAAGAGAUUUUGAACGAGAAUAUGCCAAGCUCCAGCAGCUAGAAGACCAAAUUAAGAAGCUUCACAAAGAUAUGAAGAAGAGUACCGAGGCGGAUGUGGCAAUGUCAAAAUCCGCAGUGAAAAUUUCAACAGAUCUGUUGGCCAACCCUUUGUGUGAUCAAGAUCAAACUUUCAUGGAGACGGUGACUGCUCUGGACACUGCAAUGCGCAGAAUGGACGCCUUCAAUCAGGAGAAGGUCAAUCAGAUUCAGAAAACCAGCAUUGAACCCUUAAAAAAGUUCAGUAAUGUUUUUCCAAGUCUCAACAUGGCUGUGAAGAGACGAGAGCAGAUCCUGCAGGAUUACAAAAGAUUGCAAUCCAAAGUGGAAAAGUAUGAAGAGAAAGAGAAAUCUGGUCCUGUGCUUGUGAAGCUUCACCAGGCAAAAGAAGAGCUAAGGCCGGUUCGUGAAGAUUUUGAAGCCAAGAACAAGCAGCUUCUUGAGGAGAUGCCAAAGUUUUACAACAGUCGCAUUGACUACUUUCAGCCAAGCUUCGAGGCUCUGAUUCGUGCACAGGUCGUAUAUUACACAGAAAUGUCCAAGAUAUUCGGAGACCUCACUGGCCAAAUGGACCAGCAGGGUAUCAGUGAUGAAGAGCGGCAGAAGGAGAACGAAGCUAAGCUCAAUGAGCUGCGGGCUCUCUCCAUAGUGGCAGAUGACUGAACUGGAAAAGCUGUACAUGAACUGCAUACUGAUUUGAUACUGGCUUCAAUCUCUGGUGUUUAGAAUAAUCCAAUCAAUGUGUAAGUGAGGAAUCAUUUGAGAAAGUUAGGAAAAUAUGGAACAUCUUUGGAUAUUGAUCCCAAUCCUGGAUUUCUAUUCUAUUUUCCUGUCUUUGUGUGUCUAUGUCAAAGAAUAAUCUCUCUGGGUUUUAUCAGGCCUCGGUUUGACAGUACAGUACAAUUCAUACUUGUUCCCUCAUUGCUUGGAAGUGCCUGGCUUUCUGUCCCUGCCUAUCCUGCAAAACAUAUUUUGGAGGGAGUGGAUGAACCUUUCCAUUCCUUGGAGAGUUGGAAGGAACGAUUGGUUUUAAUUCUAGGGGAAAAACAACUGCUUAAGAGUUAAAUAGUGAAAUACCCCACCUUUAUAUUAAGAAGCACCCUAACUCCCAGACUGAACCAAAUGCCUAGCAAGCUGAUUAUAAACCAUUCACUGAGUCUGUAGUAACUGGGCAGUUGGCCCACUAAUGUUAUUUUGAGCAGGGGGAAUCUGUGUGUUUUAGCGAGAGAGAGAGGGAAUAUUGUAGUUCAUUUGAAAAUAUCUAAUCGAUAUACAACCCUGAAUUUAAAAGUAGGAUAAGAAGUAGGUCACAGAGGCCCCAGACCUGCUCUAUCAUUCAGUACAAUUAUUACUGAUCUGAUCUUUGGUCUUAACUCCAUUUUUCUUCCCUGUCUCCAGAAGACUGGAUUCCUACUUCAUUUGAAUAUUUUUGCAACUCAGCCUUUAACCACAGAACUGUAAUAUUCCAAAAAUUCACAGCCCUCUGAAGGGAGAAUUUCUCCCUCAUCACAGCCCUGGACAGUGGCAUGGCACACUAAGAAUCUGGCCCUGGUUUUGAUAUCAGAAGAGAUGCUCUCGUCAUCACCAUUAUAUGCCGUGUUGUAUGAUGUAGGUCAUCAUGGUCCCAUGACCACGAUUGUUCUUGGUGAAUUGUUCUGCAGACGUAGUUUCUUCUGGACAGUGACUUUACAAGACAGGUGACCCCAGCCUUUAUCAAUACACUUCAGAGAUUGUCUGCCUGGCGUCAGUGGUCGCAUAACCGGGAUUUGUGAUAUGCACCGGCUGCUCAUAUGACCGCUCCCACGGCUUCAUGUGACUCUGAUCGGGGAGCCAGUCAGGUGCUGCACUUUACCCAAGGGUGACCUGCAGGCUAGUGGAGGGAAUGAGUGCCUUACAACACCCUUGGUAGAGACGUAUCUCCAUCCUGCCAUCCUGAUGCUCUCACAGCAUCCACUAAAUAUAGUUUCACUGAGAUCCCUGUUUGUUUAGCUGACCUGCAGUCAAUCUGGGAUCAGUCUGGCCAAACUUCAGUUUCUGAAUGAACCCCUCAUCCCAUCAAUCCACAAACUUUCACACCCUCACCUCAAAGUAAACAAUAUCCUUUCUUUACUAAGAAAACCACAGCUGUAUGCAGUCACUGAGUGUGGUCUCAACCAAAACCAUCUGUAAUUAUAGCAAGAGUUCCUUUGAAUUCUCUGCAAUAAGGGCUCAUCGUUCCUAUUUUCCUUCCUCAUUGCUUGCAUAUUAACUUUGUGCUUCUAGAUGAACUCUUAUACUUACACUACUUCAAUACUGUUCCACCUUUUUAUUCUUCCUAGCAAAAAUGGAAUUUAUUUUCUGGAAGUUUAAUCACAACUCUAAUUUGUUCUGGCUUCUUUCCUUUCCAGUCCUGAUGAAGGGUCACGGCCCGAAACAUUGACUGUUUAUUCUCCUUCCUGGAUGCUGCCUGGCCUGCUGAGUUCCUGCAGCAUUUUGUGUGGUGUUUAAAAUUUAAUGCUCCAUUUGCCAUGUUUUUGCACACUCCCUUAAACAUUCUACAUCCAUUUACAUAGUAAUCGAGUCAUUCAGCACAGAAAUGUGUCUGUUCCAGCUAUCAAGUACCCAUCCAUAGUAAUCCCAUUUACCAGCACUUGCUCCAAAGCCUUCUAUGCCUCGGCAAUUCAGGUGCUAAUCUAGAUAGAGAGUAUCUACUUCCACCACCCCCUCAGGCAGUAUGUUCCAGAUUCCAACCCCUCUCAGGAGAAAUGUUCUUUCUCAGAUACCCUUUUAAACCUCUCACCUUUUACCUAAGCAUAUGACUUCUCAUUAUAGAUUCCUCUGUUGUGGGGUAAUGUUUCCAGCUAUCUACCCUAUCUUAUACCUCAGUCAGAUCUCCCCUCAGCCUCCUAUGCUUGAUGGAAAACAAGCACAGCCUAUCCAUUUUUCUUCAUAACUGAUGCACUCAAUCCCAGGCAACAUCCUGGUGAGUCUCCUCUACACCCUUUCCAGUGUAGUCACAUCCUUCCUAUAUUGUGGCAAUCAGAACUGUACAUAAUACUCAGUGGGGGCCUGAGCAAUGCACUGCAACUUCUUUACUCUUAUAUUCUAUGGCCCUAUCACCUUCAGGAAGACCUGAACACUGAGAUCCCCUUGCAACAUUCCCUCUACUUUUUUUUUACAGUUGCUUGAACCAACCAUUCUCCUGAGCAGGAAAAUGUUUACAUGGCCUGAAAACUACAGCAGCAAAGGCUAUGUGCAUGGAAGUAUUUCAGUUACUGCACAUCACGCUCUCACACAGCUUAGAGGGAACGGAAUCCUUUUGUUAAUCAAUACUCUCUUAAAGGCACUAUUGUUUAUCAUCCCAAACUAUGUCACCUUGCUCAGCCUGUCUUACCAAUAGAUCGUUAUUUAAAUUCUGACAAGUCAGACCAAAAAUUGAAACCACUGAAUUUUUUGUAUAUCAUCUGCUCCAUUGAUCACACUCCAUUCUUAUUUUGUCGUCGUCGUGGCUAAACUUUGAGGUUGAGGAUGAUGGUCUUCAUUCUCUUGAUCUAUUUAUGGGUUCUCAAGUGGCUUAUGAGUCCAAUCUUGACUUUGAAAGUUCUUCCACAUUCAGCACAGGUAGUUCCAGAUGGCAGACUGGGCUUUGGUUGUUGCUGCCUCUCUUUCCAUUUUCUUUUCUUUUCUUUUCUUCUAAUUCUGAACAUCUGUUGGUUUCGAAAGUUGCUGUUCCUUCUCAGAUGACGGUUUGCUAGAGUUCACGUGAAUACUGCUGCCGAACAACUUUCCUGCUUCUGUCCAAAAGUUGAACGACUGAAUCAAGUAUUCACCGCUUUCGAGCCGGUUCUUGACUAGGAACUUCCAGUUAUCACAUUGUCUGCUCCCGUCGUCCUCCCCCGAUCGCCAAAAGAUGCCUGUGCAUAAGCGAAGAUGCCUGUGCAUGUACUUGUUUAAUGUGUACUUGAUGUUGCACUUCAAGAAGCACACGAUACUUCACAAAUCAACCAACUGAUUCCAAUGGCAUGGAAACCACAACGAUUGGUGCUGAUGAAUUUGUUGCAGCCUUCAUCCGCCUUCACAGUCGUUGAGUUUGAAGUGACUUCAUCCGCCUGUUCCACCGUUGAGGUCUUGGUUGGAUUGUUCUUUGUCAGGGACCUCACCCUCGACCUUAACGCCAUGGGUGACCCUACCAGGAGCAUAGCUCCAGACAGCAUCGCUGUCGGGAUCUCAGGACCACACAAGCCUCUCCACCACUACAAGGUGACAAUUCACAGAGAAAUCUUAUUUAUAUUGUCAAUAUAUAUAACACACAAUAAGGGUCUGAGUACCUAACCCUGUGUUGCACCACUGGUUUCAGGAUUUCACUUACAGAAACAUCUCUCUGCCUUCUAUUACCAAGCCAGUUUUGAUCCCGUUUGCUAACUUGCCCUGGCUGUCAUGAGCGGUAAUAUUUUGAACCACUGUAUCUGGGGCCUUGUCAAAUUCCUUACAGAAAUCCAUGCAUCCGUUCGACUCCCCUCAUGAAUACAUUUUACUUCUCUUUGAAAAAUCUAAUCGUAUUGGUCAGAUUGGAUCUCUUCCUAACAAAAUAAUGCUGAUUACCUUUAAUUAAUCCUUGCCUUAGUCCUGUCUCCCAGAGAUUCUUUCCAAUAAUAUCUCUGCCACUGCAUUAGACUCACAGGUCUGUAAUUAUCUGGCUCAUCCCUGCUUCUCCUGUCGAAUAAAGCUAGCACAUUUGCUGUCUUCAGGUCACCUGGCACCUGUGCCAGUGAAGAUUUACAAGUCUCUGUCUACAAUCCCUGCAACCUUCUCCUUUGCUUCCCUAGCAGACUCUUCAGGGCCAGGGGGUGGGGUGCAGGAUAUCCCUUGUAAAGCCAUUAAGACAUCAAAUGUUCCUGCUUUUGAAUUACAUGUUCAAGAAAUCCUGAAUACAACAUAUACUGGCUCCCAUUUACCUACUCAUUCAUCUUCAAAGAGCUCUAAAAAAAAUUAUAGUUAAAUUUCCCUUAAUUAAAAAAAAGCUGACUCUAUCUAAUAAUCUUCUGCAUUCCAAAGUACCAUGGUUUUGCUUCCAGUAUAAUGGAUAACUGUGUAAACACAGUAUCAUUUUGAAUGUAACUUAAGGCACUUUACAAGAAAGAAACUUAUCAUUCAACACCCCCCCUCCCACCCACCCACCCCCAUGAUGCCCAAAGUGCAGCUCAGAAUCUUUAUUUCAUCUGUGAAAUAAAGGACACUGCUGUGUCCUUAAAAUCCAGCCAGAACAGUGACCCCUCAAUUUGCUUUAUUGUUGAAUGACCCUGAGUCAGAACACUAAAACUCUCCAUUAGCUGAGGUUUUGAGGUCCUUUUAAAUUGCUGAAUCUAAUUUUUAUGUGGGGUCUAUAUUGUGAUUUGGAUAACACCUUCUGCCAACCCUACCCACUCUUACUGAAGUCAUUUUUUGCACUUUGAAAUUAAACACACAUAUGUUCAAUUUUUUUUUUACCCAUUCCAAAAUGGCUACACUGUAUGUUCCCUGGUUUCCUCUCCAUUUUGUGGCAAAUGCAAAUUGCUGGAGAAAUACCUUGCCACUGUUGAGCAAUUAGCGCUUUGAGCACAUGUAACCCAAGCACAGAACGAGGACGGUGUGGGACUGCACUUCCGAUCGAAGCUGAUGGUGAUUGUUGUUUGAUUGAUUAUUCCUGAUGUAAUGGGAAAAAUGAAGAGCCCUGUGAAAGCUGGUCAUUUUGCACCUAAAGGUAGCUUCAGUGGGAUGUAAUUUUGUAACAUUUGUAAAUAUAAUUGGAUGUUGUGUUUUCUGCAUUAAAAGUUGAUUUGACUAUG